UAGACCAGCGAUCUUCCAUACUAAAAAAAUUGAUGCCUUUAUACAUGGUUAAAGAACCUUCAAUAACUUAUCAAUAUAAACAAGCUAUUAAGAAGCUUUCAUCUAAUGAUAAGAAAACAAGAGAUUUAGUACUUGAGUCAUUGCCAUCUUUACUUUCUUUAAGGCCUUUAGAAUAUCUUGAACUUUUAAAGCUUUGGAAGGGGUUAUAUUAUUGUAUGUGGAUGUGUGAUCGUCCUCUUGCUCAACAAAAACUAGCAAAUGAUAUUGGAGAUUUGAUUUUGAAAUGUCCAUCAGACAGUUCUCUAUUAUUUUUAAAGGCGUUCUGGGAAACUAUUUGUAGAGAAUGGAAUUCAAUAGAUUCUUUAAGACUGGAUAAAUUUUAUCUUUUAAUACGGAAAAAUAUUGAAGGAGGAUUUCGUUUAUGUAUGUCAUCAAAUUGGUCAGAAGAAAUAGUUAAUAAGUAUGUUUUAUUAUUACAAGAUAUUCCUUUAAAUCCAACAAAUCCCAAAAUUCCAAAUAGUAUUCGUUAUCAUAUUUUGGAUGUUUAUUUAGAUGAGCUUGAUAAAGUUUUUCCAGUAAAAAAUAAAAAUCAAAAUUUCCAAAUUAAAGUAUUUUUGUCGCCUUUUCUAAAUUUAAUUGAGAAGUCUCAUGAUAAAUAUGUGAAAAAACGGGUAUCAGAAGCUAUAUUUCUAGAUAAACGUAUUGAAUUAUGGAACAAUAAAGAUGAUAAUUAUAAUUUUGAUGAUGAAGUUUUAGAUAUAGAUGAUAAAAAUGAAGAAGAUUUUAUAGAAGAAUGGUAUGGGUUUGAUGAUCAAUAAUAUUUUCAAGAAAAAAAGGGUCUAAUGAUUAUAAUUUAAUGGGU